CUGGGACGUGCAAGAGGCGACGGAGGGGGAGGAAGAGGAAGGGCGGAAGGCGGCGAGGAAGUCACUGCUAGGUGACGCGGACGCCCCUCGGUUGUCGUAGAUCAUCGAGUUCGGAUCUUAUACGGGUUCGCGUAUUUCGAUUCUUUCUGGGGAACUUCGCAUUUUGAGAGGGAUGGCUGGAAGGAUGUUGGCACGGUCCGUGGCACGGUUGUUAAUCAGUAAUUCUCGUUCGCAUCGGCCUCUUCCAUUUAGCUCCUACGGUGCAUUAAAUGGUAUUCAAUCACAUGUAUCCCGUGGUAUUUCUGAGUCGAGGCUUCCGUUUGCAAUGGGACUUGGCAGCACUCGCCUAUAUAGUUCUGAUAUAAGCCAGUUGCCCCAGAUUACAGAUUCCGACGUAUUGCAGCCAUUCAAAGAUUUAAUGGCUGCAAGUUGGGAUGAGCUUCCAGAUGCUGUUGUUCAUGAUGCAAAAAAUGCGUUGGCUAAAGCUAGUAAUGAUAAACAAGGCCAGGAAGCAUUGGCAAAUGUGUUUCGUGCAGCAGAGGCAGUUGAGCAAUUUGGUGGUACCUUGGUAUCUUUAAGGAUGGAGCUUGAUGAUAUAAGUGGUGUAAGUGGUGAGAAUGUUGGGCCUUUGCCAGAUGAUCUUCGAGAUGCUCUUAGUGCAGCGUACAAGCGGUAUGUUACAUACUUGGAUGCCUUUGGCACUGAUGAAGCCUACUUGAAGAAGAAAGUAGAAAUGGAGCUUGGAACCAAGAUGAUACAUUUAAAGAUGCGGUGCAGCAACCUUGGUUCUGAAUGGGGAAAGGUUACAGUGCUCGGGACUUCUGGGCUUUCAGGGUCUUAUGUUGAGCACAGAGCUUGAUUGAUGAUGACUACUGUCUGUUCCGCUGAAUGACUACCAAUAAGUGUAUGUAUUGCUUCUGGGGAAAAUGCUUUGGUUUCUUUCAUGCCUGUGAUGUUCUCUGGUGCGCACAUCCAUUGUGCAAUCAAGUGUCUAGUUUCUGCUUGUGGUAAAACGGGAGCAUCAAGCAAUAUCUUGUUUCAAUUCCGAUGCUAUCACAUGAAAAAUGUCUUCUCUUUCUAGAUCGACUGCACCCUUGCAAAUAACAAGUGGGAAUUUUUUGUUUUCA